GACACCAUCAACAAUGUCAAAGCCAAGAUCAAAGACAAGGAAGGUAAUCCACCAUUCGAUUCUUCUUUCUCCUUCGCAACAAAAAGGUCAUGAUUAAGAAGAAAACACCUUCAACAAUCGAGAUUAAGGCAUCCCUAAAAGAACCCUAUUUAUGGCCUUCUCCAAUCUGACGAAUCUUCAAGGGCAGCAUAAAGAUAUCCUUGGAAUCGUGCUUUUGAUGGGUUUUGACAAGCUUUACAUUACCAGCCACGAUGGAGGCUUCAUCACCGACGGCGAGAGACGCAUAGAUAUUUUCAAGUCUUCAACACAGAAAGACGAGCAGAGCCGAGCGCAGAAAGCAUCUCAUGUAAGUUCUUCCUCCCAAGAUAUGUGCCGAAGUGCCCUUUCUAAUACGCCAUCCCUUCACCUGCUACACAGCGUCUUAAUUCCUUACAGCUCGAUUGAUCGCACCAACUGUUAGUUUUUUGGAUGAUGUGGUCUAGCUAGCUGUGUUGCGGGUGAAAGGGAUGUGGUAUGAAAGGCCAGGGCCUUUCGGCACAUGAUUUGUGGAGAGAGAGCUAGCCUUGAUACUAUCCUAACUAGAUCAAUAGCCUACCUGUUUUUGGUUUAGACGGUCAUGGUGAUAGUCGGCUGGUCUGUUUGUGUAGGGGAAAGCACUCGGCAAUUAAUGCUGUGGUUGUGAAUUAAAGUGGGUGUAGUUAAAUUAAAGUCCAUUCACAUGUAAUGAUUUUACUAUUGUUUUUCUUUAUUUACUCUUUAGUUACAUUACAUGUAUGUAAUUUAAUAACUGCAAAGCAUUAAGGAAUGAUGUAAUGCAUGAUGUAAUGAAAGACCUUUUUGAUA